AUGAUGAAUAUACAUCGAGAUUCUUUUUUAUAUGAAUGUUUACAAAUUGGUGCAUUAUGUUUAGUUUGGUACAGUGCAUCAGCAGCAGGCAAUGUAAUUGUUAAAGAAUUACUUAAUGAAUUUCCAUUUCCGUUAACUGUUACACUUGUACAACUCUUAAGUAUAUGGAUUCUUUGUAUUCCACUUAUUCAUUUCUGGAAAGUUCCACCGCCUGAAUAUCUUUAUCAAAAUCGAGUAUACUAUUUUAAAAUUAUAAUUCCAUUAGCUAUAGGCAAAUUUCUUUCACAAUUAUCAUCUCAUGUUAGUCUUUGGAAAGUACCUGUUUCCUUUGCUCAUACAGUAAAAGCAACAAUGCCAUUAUUUACUAUAGUUUUAUCUCGAUUAAUCCUUCAUGAAAAACAAACUGCACCUGUUUAUAUUUCACUGAUACCGGUUAUGAUUGGUGUUAUUAUAGCAACAGUAACAGAACUUUCAUUUAAUAUGAUUGGUUUUAUCAGUGCUCUACUUUCAACAUUUGGUUUUUCAUUACAAAAUAUUUAUUCAAAAAAAUCAUUGAAAGAUAUCGCAAUUCAUCAAUUUAUAUUACUUUCGUUAUUAGCUAAAAUCGGUUGUUGUUUAUUUAUGCCUUUUUGGUUUUUUUAUGAUGGAAUUGAUAUAUAUUACAAUGAAAAAUACCAUCAAUAUAAAACAGCAAUACGAAUUAUUGCUUAUCUAGUUAUUGAUGGUAUACUUCAUUUUUUACAUAAUGUUGUAGCAUUCACAAUGAUCUCACUCGUAUCACCAUUGUCAUAUAGUAUUGCAAAUAGUUCAAAGCGAAUUGUUGUUAUUGGUACAUCAUUAAUUGUAUUACAAAAUCCGGUAACAUUUAGUAAUGUUGUUGGCAUGAGUUUAGCUGCAUUCGGUGUUAUGUUAUAUAAUAAAGCUAAAUAUGAUCAACGUCGUACUCAACAUAAAGAAACAAUUUUGCCAUUAGUUCGAGCUGAACCAACCUUAAAUUCAUUAAUAAAUUCAUUAACUCAUGAUGAACAUCAAUCUCCACAUUCGGGCACAGAAGUAUUAUCUCGUCAUCAUUCAUUAUCACAUGAAAUCCGUCCAUCUAUUUAUCAUGAAAUUCAAACAUUUAAAAAUGUUUAA